AUGAGAGCUGCGAGUGCCGAUGCGCCGCCUUUCAACCCCUCCCAAACAUCCGCAAACUCGGGCGCAAGCAAGCGCACCACAUCCAAUGGCCAGCAGGUGGUUCUCGACUCGGACGAUGAUUCUCUACCAGACCUUGACUUUGGUCUACCCACCCCCAAAGUCAAGACCAUCGUCACGACCACCACCACACGUUCUAAGCGCAUGUCCGAAGACCAAGAAAAUGGUCUGCAGAAGCCGGCCAAGAAGGCCAAGGAUAACAAGAACAAGUUUGAUGUACUUGUAAAGACGGCCCACAAAAAUCUCGAGACAGAGCGGCAGAUCAAGGAGCACAGCGCGCUUCUGGACCAGUCCCUUGGAGAACACGCAGAUACUGACCUGGCGCUCAACGAGGAACUACUUGGCCAAGCUGUGGAUGAUGACGACGACCCAGAGAAAGCGCAUCGCCUCCUUCAGGCCAUGCAGAGAACAAAUGCUACACAGAUGGAGAGCGUCUACCAUUUCUUCCAAGAUGACUCGGACUCAAUACAAGCGCAGCCCAAGUUCCCCAUCAGCAGCCUGCCCAAGCACGGAUGGGCCUCGAUUUUCAUAGACUCCCACGCCAGGGACCAGGCUUUCAUGACCGGCUUUGCACAACAAAUCUUUCGAAUGCAACAACUGCCCGAAGAACUAGCUUCCUGGAUGAUUGAAUGCAUUUCCCAAACCCGGAAUGAGGCACUUAGCUGCAGAUACAUCGAGAUCUUGGAAUCAGAACCUCACAACAAGCACCUCCUCUACCCAGUACCAGUCGACGUAGAACUCUCAGACCCUAAGCUGCCUGACAUGAUUCACCAAUACCUGGACAAGUCUUCGAAUUUCCGAAUAGACAAGGACACCGACUACGAGCACCUCACCGCACGUUUGACAUUGCUUGACAUUGCCAUUGGGCCUGGCUUAUUGAACGUCCCGUAUCAGCCCCUAUCAAGUCCAACAACGUCAGAAACCGGCUCGUCUCCAGUCAGGGCUCCAGUACCAGCGUCAUCAGAAGUCAAAGAUUUCAACAACGAGGUGGAUGCGCUUGCUCGGCAGUUCCAGCUACUCAGCAACUCCAUCGUCGAGGCUGGCGCUGCGGUGGAUCUUACCAUCAUGGACGCCAAAGAUUCUAUAGAGAGACUACGCGCACGACUAGAGCACGCUGUGCGGAUAGGCGGAAAGAAGGUCUAUAACGUCUUUGGUGAUGAAGAUGAGACCACACAGCCAAACCUCAGAAGAUUCUUCAAAGGCACGAGCAAAGACGCGCCGAAGAAGUCUAUCUUCGACGAAGAGGACGAUGUAGCGGUAUCACUAGCCGAUGACUCGAAAGCCUGA